CUUGCAGAUACAGUAGUGCGUUCAUUUUUCGAUCUGCAGGCACCUGGCUGCGGGGAGCUCUUUUGUGCUGUAGGCGGACAUCAUUGUUCAGCUAGAGCUGCAUGCAGCAGCCAGUUGAGUUGUGAUCGGGGUUUGUUUUGCCGUGUUGAACCUGCUGGUUGAGAUGCUCCGCGCUUGUACAAUCCACAAAGGCCAGUGCAGUCCUUUCCCCAGCAUACCUAAGGUUGCAGCAUUACGUGCUGGGGAUUACUGGCAGGCAGCUCUCCUUGCAACCCCUUUGCGCAACAAAGGAGCUAGCAGGUGGUGUGAGUUGUGGGGAAAUCAAAGCAUCUUCUCUGGAACAAAAUUGAGAAAAGCCGCUUACACAAAAGGGACCGAAGCAAGCGGUUUGCAAGGAAGCGUUCGCUGCACUUCUCUAGCAGAAGUCGAAAGAGUUGAAGGAAUUCCCUACACUUCUGGCAUGGCGCCAAAAGGUGGCAAAAAGGCGGCGCCGUCUCAGAUGCGGAAGAUGCUCCCCAUGUCUAUUCUUGAGGAGCACGUCUUGCGGUGGGAUGCUGAUGAAGCAUCCAGGAAGCAUGCUUUCCCCUCCUUAUCCUUUGCCGACGCUACAAAGCGGGAGACGGCACUGGAAGGGGGAGCCACAGGCAGACACGGUGCAGCAUUUGUCCCGCGCUGCAAGGAAAAGAAUGACAUGCAGAUCACAGAGAUGGAGUUUCCCUUGGGCACCUCCUUUUACGGUGGUGGUGAAGUGUCUGGACCCUUGGAGCGGUCCGGCACUCGCAUCUUUGCGUGGAACACGGACGCCUGGGGCUACGGCCGUGCCACCUCCAGCCUAUACCAGUCCCACCCCUGGGUGCUCGUGCUGCUGCCGGACGGGACCGCACUGGGCGUCUUGGCCGACACCACCAGGAAAUGCGAGUUGGACCUCCGCGAACAGGGCCUGCUGCGCUUCUCUGCCAGCGCCCCCUACCCGCUCAUCACUUUCGGCCCCUACCCAAGCCCGGACAAGGUGGUGGCGGCUCUGGCGCGGGCAACAGGUUUUCCUUUUCUACCCUCCCGCUGGGCACUGGGGUACCACCAGUGUCGGUUCAGCUAUGAGACUGCGGACAGAGUCAAGGAGGUUGCGGCCACCUUCCGGGAGAAGCAGAUCCCGUGCGACGUCAUCUGGAUGGACAUCGACUACAUGGAUAAGUUCCGGUGUUUCACAUUCGACAAGCUCAACUUUGCGGACCCGAAACAGCUGGCGGCGGACCUGCACGAGCAGGGCUUCCGCGCCGUGUGGAUGAUCGACCCCGGCAUCAGCGCUACGCCGGGCUACUUUGCCUACGACUCGGGCGCGCAGCAGGACGCGUGGAUCCUCAAGAAGGACGGCAAGCCCUUCAUCGGUGACGUGUGGCCGGGCCCGUGCGCGUUCCCCGACUUCACGAUCGAGCGCGUACGCCAAUGGUGGGCGGGCCUGAUCGCCGAUUACGCGGCCGAGGGAGUGGACGGCAUCUGGAACGACAUGAACGAGCCCGCAGUCUUCAAGGUGAUCAACAAGACGAUGCCGGACAGCAACGUGCACCGCGGCGACCCCGGCCUGGGCGGGCGGCAGGCGCACACGCACUACCACAACGUGUACGGCAUGCUCAUGGCGCGCUCCACCUUCGAGGGCCUGCAGCAAGCGCGCCCCGACCAGCGCCCCUUCGUGCUGACGCGCGCCAAUUACAUCGGGGGCCACCGCUAUGCUGCCACGUGGACGGGCGACAACCUGGCCAACUGGGAGCACCUGCACUUCAGCAUCCCCAUGGUGCUCAAUCUGGGCCUGAGCGGGCAGCCUUUCUCCGGCCCCGACAUCGGCGGCUUUGUGGGCGACUCCAACCCGCGGCUGUACGGGCGGUGGAUGGGCAUCGGCGCACUGCUCCCGUUUGCGCGCGGCCACUCCGAGACCGGGACCAUCGACCAUGAGCCGUGGUCCUUCGGCGCCGAGUGCGAGGCGGUGUGCCGCGCGGCCAUCCUGCGGCGGUACCGCCUGCUGCCGCACCUCUACACCCUCUUCCACCGAGCACACACGCAGGGCCUGCCCGUCGCCAGCCCGCUCUUCUUCGCAGACCCGGCGGACCCUACGCUGCGCGGCGUGGAGGACUGCUUCCUGCUGGGCCCGCUGCUGGUGGCCGCCUCCACGGACCCCGCCUCCCCGGCGGACCGCUCCCGCCUGACGCUUCCCAAGGGCGCCUGGCGGAGCUUUGACUUCGCCGACUUCCACCCCGACCUGCCGCUGCUGCUGCUGCGGGGAGGAGGCAUCGUGCCCGCGGGCCGCGCGAUUCAGCACACGGCGGAGAGCACGCCGGACGACCCGCUAACGCUCAUCGUCAGCCUGGACGAAAACGGUGCGGCGGAGGGCUUGCUCUUCGAAGACGAAAACGAGGGGUACGCGUACCGCUCUGGGGGCUACCUGCUGACCACGUACGAGGCCGUGAGCACGUCCGGGCAGGUCACGGUCCGGGUACAGAAGACGGAGGGCAGCCGGGCCCGGCCUCGGCGGAAGCUGGCGGUGCGGUUGUUGCUGGAGGACGGCGUGGAGGUCACCGGCGACGGCUGGGACGGCGAACCGGUUGCGGUAGCGCUGCCCAGCCCCCAACAGCUGCAGGCCAUGGUCGCCGCGCAACAGAACCAGCGAAAAACAGCGGUGGCGGGUCCUCUGAGCGAGGCCGGCGAGGACGAGCCGGUGAAGGGCGCGGGCACGACCAAGACGAUCGUGGAGAUGGCGAGCGGCGCGUGGCUGCUGCGCGUGGCGCCCUGGGCGGGCGGCCGCAUUGUGAGCCUGGUGCACGCGGGCAGCGGGCGGGAGCUGCUGGCGGGCACGCUGGACAAGGGCGGCUACGAGGAGUACACGGGAACCGAGUACCGCUCGCCCGGCUGCACCGAGCCGUACCGCAUCACCGCCCGGGAGGUUGAGCAGCUGGACGGAGAGGACGCUGUUGGCCUGGAAGCGGACGUGGGAGGGGGGCUCGCGUUGACGCGGCGCAUUGCCGUGCCGCGCGGCAUGCCCGACGUGGUCCAAAUCAAUUCUGCCAUCGAGGCCCGCAGCAUCGGAGCGGGCUCCGGCGGCUUUUCCCGGCUGGUGUGCUUGCGCGCCCACCCCAGCUUCAAGCUGGCCAACCCGGCCAACGCGGUCAUCAGCUUCAAGUCCGUCCGGGGGGACGACGUCGAGCUGACCGCCGAGUUUGGCGAGGCGACCCUCCGGGGCGACGACCGGCCCAACGGGGUGUGGACGCUGUCCAACAGCGAAACGGGCCUCGCAAUCGCCAACCACUUUGAGAUUGAUCAAGUUGCAAUCUGCUUCGUUCAUUGGGAGGCCACCAGCGUGAAUCUCGAGUUGUGGUCUCAAGAACGGCCAGUGUCCGCUGAAAGCCCCAUCCAACUCUCCCACUAUUACUCUAUCAAGGAGAUCUCAAAGUAAAGGUCGUGCAGGAAAUGGUGCGCUCAAGCUUAGCAGCGUUGUAAGCUUACAGAUACAGAAUAGAGCAGAUUACAACAAGUUGGCAAAGAAUUUAGCGGUCGUCUCAAUCGAAAAUGAGACUUCGUUUGGUCAAGCGGCAACAUUCAACCAUCUUCAAGUAUCACGCAGUCAUUGCACAGUCGGACCGGUUUUCCAUGCGACAUCGGUGGUACUAAGCUCAUGCAGUAGCCUACGGUUUUUAAUAUCAUUGCUGUACGUACA